AUGGAUCAGGUCCUACACUGGGGUGGUCGCCAGCAGUGGCCUCGGGGACAACGAAUAAACGGACCUUUAGUCAAUCCUGGUGCAGGCUCUCGCAUCAAGCCUCCCAUGCAUGGUUCAAAAAGGCCGUCGAAAAGUGGGAACGAAAACAAGCACCCCCUAGCUCAGCAUCAAAAUCACCGCCACGGCCGCCACCACAAUCACAAGAAUCACCAUCAAUCCAACGAUGUGCAGCAAGGUAGCCUCUCUGGUAAUCUUCGCAGCGAAGGCCGCUCUCAGAUGCCGUCUAUUUCUCAGCAGUACUUACCCAAGCAGCAGUUCAACUUACACCGACGAUCAUCCCCCAACGGACGUCAAGGCCCACGUCACCAGAGUAUGAAUCAUACGCAAAACACCCGUCAGCCUCUACGCCACCGACCUUUUGAGGGGGUGAGUAACUCUAAUCAAGGACAAGGCCCGAGACGGGGUCGAAAACGCAAUCGCCGCCUGGACGAGACAUGGAGUGAUCCGGGCCCCGGGGGGAGACAAAAAUCAAUUCAACAGUACAGUGAUCAGCAAGUCUGGCAACCAUAUCACUACAACUGCAGCCGGGAACAAUUCCAAUCCCAAUAUUCGGUUCGAGAUCAAUCGGAUCACGAGGAGGAAUCGCAUUCCCCCUUGGUGCAAUACGAGUACCUCCAGACGGAAUAUCUUCCAGACGUGGAUGGGGACAUUGAGAUGCCGGAUGCACCUCCCCUUUAUGAGAAACUCCAUACCAGGCAUCCAGUCGAUCACUCUUCGUCCAGGGAUAGAACGCAGUGGCUCAAAACUCAUCACUAG